AUGAUGAUGAUGUCUCUGAACAGCAAGCAGGCGUUUGCCAUGCCACACACCAGUUUAGCCGAACCCAAGUACUCCAAUUUGCAUUCUUCCUCUUCUUCUUCCUCGUCCACUUUGACUUCCAACGCUGCCUCGUCUUCCUGCUCUUCCCCCAGACACAGUAACACCAUCAGCAGCAGCAGCGCGAGCUCCGAGGCGAUGCGCCGAACGUGUCUCCCUACUCCACCGAGCAAUAUAUUCGGCGGCUUGGAUGAGAGCUUGCUGGCCCGCGCGGAAGCUCUGGCGGCUGUGGAUAUAGUCUCGCAGACCAAAAGCCACCACCACCACCCACCUCAUCAUAGCCCCUUCAAGCCGGACGCGACUUAUCACACCAUGAACACUUUACCCUGCACCUCCUCUUCCUCCUCUUCGCCUAUUUCGCAUCCGUCCGCCUUGGCCGGACAUCAUCACCACCACCAUCACCAUCAUCAUCAACCGCACCAGGCGCUGGAGGGAGACCUGCUGGAUCAUAUCACUCCGGGACUGGCGCUCGCAGGGGCCAUGGCAGGGCCGGACGGAUCGGUGGUCUCCACGCCUGCGCACCCAGCACACAUGGCGGGCAUGAACCACAUGCACCAGGCAGCCAUAAACAUGGCCCACGCCCACGGGCUUCCGUCCCACAUGGGCUGUAUGAGCGACGUGGACGCUGAUCCAAGGGACUUGGAAGCCUUUGCUGAGCGCUUUAAGCAGCGACGGAUCAAACUCGGCGUGACCCAGGCGGAUGUGGGGGCAGCGCUGGCCAACCUGAAGAUCCCCGGCGUCGGAUCUCUUAGCCAGAGCACCAUCUGCCGAUUCGAGUCUCUCACGUUGUCCCACAACAAUAUGAUCGCUCUGAAGCCGAUCCUGCAAGCUUGGCUGGAAGAGGCAGAAAAGUCGCACCGAGAGAAACUCAACAAACCCGAGCUUUUCAACGGCGCCGAGAAGAAACGAAAGCGCACCUCCAUCGCUGCCCCGGAGAAGAGGUCACUGGAGGCUUACUUCGCCAUCCAGCCCCGUCCCUCCUCAGAAAAAAUCGCCGCCAUUGCAGAGAAGCUGGAUCUGAAAAAGAAUGUGGUUCGGGUCUGGUUUUGCAAUCAGCGACAGAAACAAAAACGUAUGAAGUACUCUGCAUGUGUCUAG